UUCGAUUGGACGGUGCGUGAGCGAUUCUUCUCUUCGCGUCCAACAAAACAAGCAGACACAACAACGAAACUUGGAAAGAACGUUAAAACAUAUCGAUCGUGUCCCCCUUAUUUUUCUGUGUUUGCACGUGCUUUUCGCGUUUUCAGUGUGGCAAUGUGAACUCGUUGGCUGUCGGUUCGUUUUUUUUUUCUUGUUCCUCGUCAAAGGGAUACACAUUUUUUUUUUUUGGAAACCAGUGAAAGAAAUGAUGUGGAAUGUUCCAGUGCCUGCCUCUGCCUAGCACAAACGCACCUAGUUGAUUACAAUACACUCAACAUCAUCACAGUCCAUUGACCGUCAGCAGAACGGGCUAACCACCAAGGUUUUGCGUCGUUGCAGCCUGCUUGCUCGUCGAUGAGUUGCAACAGCGGCCGCCGAUGGUGAGAUAAGAGAAAGAAAGAAAGAGAAGAGUGAAGAAAAGGAGACGCCGACGGUGUGUGUGUGUGUGUGUGUGUGUGACGGACGUGGCAUCAACGAACGACUCUAUUCCUAACUGUUGUCAAGUCCAUGCGUGAUUGACAUUCUGGCCGUCUCUCUCCUCCCAGUUUUCUCUUCAUUUUCUAGCCGACUAGCGGAAACUAAAGAAGAAGAAGAAGAAGAAGAAGAAAACAAUUAACGACAUGCCUGGAACAGUGGACGAUGUGUGUGUGUCUCCCACGCCGACGGUUCUAAGCUCUUGUUCCACGUCUGGCGGCGGUGGUGGUGGUGGUGGUGGUGGUGGUGGUGGUGUUGGUGGUAUUGGCAACAGCAACAGCAACAGCAACAGCAACAGCAACAGCAACAGCAACAGCAACAGCAGCAGCAACAGCAGCAGCAACAGCAGCAGCAGCGCAGUGGGCGAUGUUCACCUGUCUCCUGCUCCUGCUCCUGCUCGUGCGUGUUCGUCUUCCAGCUUGUCUUCGUCGCCCAAUCAGCAUCAGCUCGCAUCCGAGUCGCAAGCCAAUCGCGAAUUCAAAGACUUUAACGGCAUCCGCACGUGGAGCUCUCGCAACAGCAACUCGCGUUCGAGCAGCGCGCUGGACAGGCGCAGCGAGUCGAGCGAGAGUCUGGACAACCACUCGUCAUGCAGCGCCAAUGGCGGCCGACAGAUGCACGACUUUUUCGGGUCGUCCGAGUACAUCCCGACGCGCUCGACGAAAACGGCGCCCAAAGUGGCCUACAAUCCGAUGCAAUUCGUGAAAACGGGGCCGACGAAAUUGGCGCAAACGGCGCACGAGCAACUCAAAAAAGCCGAGCAAGUGAAGAAAGUGCGCGAGACGAAGAAAGACGACGCCGAAGAUUGGCAAUCGAAUUUGGAAGGAUGGAAAUCCAGCCGGCGGAAGAGGCAAGAGCACGUCAUCGAGCGAGUCACAGAGGUGAAACGGAUGGAACAGGAAGAAGCGCUCAAAGCGUCGGAAGCGGCCACCAAACGUCUGAUGGGCAUUCGGGAGAAACGAGGCAAAUUGUCGGCUUUGUACUCGGUCGAGGACAACGACGAAAUCGAAUUUCAAACGGCCGUCACGGCGUCGGCCACCGUCGACUCCUCUCCCGAUUCGUCCGUUUUCGACGCAGACGAACACUCGAUUUCUCAGGCGCAUUCGGCUGCAGAAAAGGAGGCGGCGUCGAUCACGACGGCACCCGCUGACCUGACGAGGCCACCACCACCGGCACGCCAAUACACGUACGAGAAAUCCAUCGAAGAUUACGUCAAAUACUCGACGUCGGUCCUGUCGAAACAGCAACAGGAAACGACGAGCGUUGGCGCUGCCAGCCGCAAGAUCGAAACGACCACAUGGACCAAAUCCAGUUCGCAUGUUGCCAUCAGGACGGAGGAGAAGGAGGAGCAAGAGCAAGAGGAGCAGGAGCAGGAGCAGGAGCAGGAAGUGGCAGUGAAACGACAGGAGGUCACGAAGGUGGACGAGCGACAACCCGCCGAGGCGAACGACAGGAACAACAAGAUGGCCGUGUCGGAUAACGCCGAUGUGCUGGUGGUGAAACGACGCUCCGUGUUUGAACGAGAACAUUCGGCCGGCGUGUCGCGCGAGCCAGCCGAUAAGGCCAGCGCGAACGCGGCCACCAAUCGCAGGUCGGGCGAAUUCUCGUCCACCUUCAAGAACCGAUUGUCGACGUUCGAGUUGACGGAAGCGGCCACGGCCACCAACGCGACGGCGGCCGCACCCAGUCGCGUCACGCCAGACCGCCAUCCGCAUGUCAAGAACAAAUUGGCCGCCUUUCAUAAGGCGGCCGAGCCCACAACUGGCCCUGCACCUACCGCCAACAUGCCUCCACUAUCAGCAGCAGCAUCAACAACAACAACAACAACAACAGAGAUGGAAGAGAAACCCAAUUUCAAAGCGAAAUUGGCCGCCUUCCGGCAAGUGGAGGAGAAGGCGUCGGCCAAAGGCAUGCCGGCCACCAAGAUGAACAAACCGGCCAUUACGGCCGCCAAGCCGGUCAUUGCGGCUCCAGCGAAAGCGACGCCGCCAAUGCGCACGCUGCCGCAGCCAAGCGCAGCCCAGCCAUGCGCAGCCCAGCCAAGCGCAGCCCAGCCAAGCGCAGCCCAGCCAAGCGCAGCCCAGCCAAGCGCAGCCCAGCCAUCGCCGUCGCUGCCAUCGCCGCCUCUGCCUCCGCCACCGACGCCACCCACGACGACGACGCAAGAAGAAGAAACGUCACGUCGCAAGGUGGAAAAGAUGGCGGCUAUCCAUCCGGAGCCGAUUUACGCCAACUCGUCGGUGGCCAUGUCCGGCUCGUCGUCGUCGUCGUCGUCGUCGUCGUUGUUGUUGUUGUCUUCGGGACACGAGCGAGUCGAAUCGCAAGCGCUUUACGCUUCAGCCCGUCACGGCGGUGCGCACCCGCAUUUCGGGCCGGCCGGCGGAGGCGACGCCGAAUCCUAUUCGGACUGCACGGAAGAUGAAGGCAUCCGCUCGUUGUCGCCUCACGGUGGCACGCCCUCGCCCACUUCGCCCACGCCCACGCCCACGCCGACGCAGACUCUCGACGACGAGCCAUUGCCUCCGCCGCUUCCCUCGCAUCCGCCCAUUGGAUAUUCUCCGUACAGCUUCCAGCAACGGCAAAUGGAACGCGAGGCCGACAUUGCCGAAUCGUCUUCACCUUGCGGCUCAUCUGGGCCACCUCAAACGGCGUGGCUGCCUCCAGCGGAGGUGACUCGACGAGAACAUGAACGCACUGGUGGAAUGGAACCGGCCGGCAUACGCCAAGAAUUGCGCAAACGUCGCUCGGAUUUCCUCGGCUUCGAUGUCAAUGCCAUGGAAGACGAUGCCAAAGAACUGGCGGACGCGAUCCCUCCGCCGCCCGACUUGAAAACGCUUUUGCGCAACUCGGCCACCGAUUACAGGGCGUGUGAAUUCGGCCUGGCCGAAUGGCAACCACCGCGCGAGGAAGAGCUGGCCCGUAAAGAGCGCGAAAUCAUCGAAACGCUGGAAAAGGAGGAAAAGGAACGAUCGGCUUCGGUCGCCGCCGCCGCCUCCUCCUCCUCCUCCAGCAGCGGCGGCCUUCACAACACGAGCGUCGCCUCCGACAACGGACACGGCGUCGAGUACGAAAUGACGGCCGAAAUCGAUCAGCUGGCCCGCGAGUGGCAGACGGGCUCGAGCGUGCGCGGCAGGAUGUCGUCGUCCAAGUUGCAGUCGCCGCCGCCGCCGCCGCCGCCGCAAGAGCAAAUGCCUUUCCUCCGGCCGGAAGGAGAAGCGAAGCAACAACUGUUGCACGUCGACGUCAGUCAUGCAACCAAUCGCCAACAGAUGGCGCAGCAGUCGACGCUCGUUUCGCCCUCUUCCUCGUCGUCGUCGUCGUCGGUUGCCAGCGGACGGGUGCAAGUCGACACCACCAAGUUGGGCUCUUGCUCGACGUCUGCUCAGCUAACGCCACAACAACAACAACAACAACAACAGUCGCAGUUGUCUCCGCCUAAACCGAGCCGCUUGAGCGCCGCACCCAAACCGAAACUGCACGACGGCGAAGCGUGGAUGGCCAAGCGCAAAGUGGCUUCCGAAGGAGGAGGAGGUGCAGCCGGACGCAAGGACGUUUCGCGCCAUUGGCUCAUCCAGGAAGCGGAACAGAGGCGCAUCGACGCCAUGCAGGAACGCAAUUACUCGCCGUCGUCUUCGGCCUCGUCUUCGUUGCAGUUCACGCCGCCCGUCCGUUCGUCCCUUCAGCCGUCGUCCACUCAGAACCAGCAAUCGAAUUCGCUGCCAGCCCCCGCCCUGGUCCAACAGCCGUCGUCCGUCAGCAACAACAGUUUCAACAACAACAACCACAGCAGCAGCAGCAACAACAUCAACAACAACAACAACAACAACGUUGGCACCAACGGCUUGAUGGCUGGCAUCUCAGACGGCAGUCACUGGAUGUCGCGCUCCUCUUCCUCGACGUCGGUCGACAAGAUGUCGGACUUGCGCAUGUUGGGCGCCACCGGCAAAGGCAUGGAUCACUCGUUCCGCUCCACGUCCAGCCUCGGCUCGUCGCCUACACCCCGCCCGCUCUACGUCAAUCAGGAGGAGAUUUUGGAGUACGCCGAUUUCACGGGCGCGCCGCACACGGCGCCACCUGUCUGGCAGGUGCGCUCGCUCGUCUCGUCCGGCUCGAUGGAUCAACUGCCCAGCAUCCACCAGCACCACCACCAGCACCACCAACACCACCACCACCACCACCUUCACGGCGGUGGUGCGCCAUUUGCGCCGUCCAGGCCGGCCAAGAGCCAAUCGCAGACGCUGCCGCUGAUGUCGUCUGCUUCCUGCUCGUCCAUGCAGCAAUUCAGCGGCAGUGCGGCCCAGACGCAGCCGUCCUGGCGAUCCACCCAUCCGCCAGAGACGGAAAAGGAGCCCAUCGCCCCUCUUCCUCAUUCGGUGAUUACGACGCUGACGCAGAGGAUGACGCAACGGAACAACAAUAAUAACAACAAUGCCAAUUACGGCGAUUACAUGAACGUCCAGGAAGCGACGAAAGCUCAACAACAACAACAACAACAACAGUCGGCUGUCGUAUCGACAACGCGAGCUGGACCGCAAGUGCCGGCUCACAAACCGGCCAAUUACAGACACCCGUCCGUGGUGGGACCCAGUCAUUCAGCUCCCGUUCACUCUUCCACCGUGAGUAGCAUCAGCGUCCACCAGUCGCUGCAGCAGAACAACAACGACCGUAUGCUCAGCGUCAGCGGCAAGAAAAAGUGCUCCCUCUGCCAAGAGGAAUUGGGUCGAGGCGCGGCCAUGAUCAUCGAAAGUCUACGUCUCUUUUAUCACAUCAACUGCUUUCGUUGCUGCGUCUGUGGCAUUGCGCUGGGCAACGGCACGGCCGGCACCGACGUCCGAGUUCGUAACAACAACCUGCACUGUCACGAUUGCUACUCUAACGACGACGGUCUCAAGUUCAGCAAAGUGUGAGCAGCGGCGUCAAUACUU